AUGCCUCGCUGUCUGACCUUGCUGCUUCGACUCUGUGGAUGUGCCCCGCGAAUCGACGACGAACUUGCGGACCAGCAGAAACAGGCGCAGCGUAAUUCGGUGCCCAAAGAACAUGACUACGAUGUCGGAACACCCUUCGAGCCCCCGAGACGUGGAGGCUACGUCGAAUACAGCAAAAGACAGCGCAGGAAAACUAGAUCCAUGACAUCUAAUUUUGGCUCUUCGAGUGCCAAGGCGGGAGCAUUAUGGACAGAGCCAGUCAACACUGAGGAGUGGCUCGACUGUGACUGUCGGUCAGCAGAGUCUAAGAAGGAGAUCGGCGAGGAGGCAAAUGCGAACGCCGAGCAUUGUUGA